CCCUGCAGUGCACCAUGAGUCGGUAAUGCCCACUGAGGACCUCUGGGAGCCAUGUCAGACGAAUCCACCUCAGGGAGCGAUCCAGACCUGGACCCGGACGUGGAGCUGGAGGAUGCGGAAGAGGAGGAGGAGGAGGAGGAGGUGGCAGUGGAGGAGCACAGCAGGGAUGAUGAGGAAGACCUGCUGGAUGACCCAUCAAUGGAGGACAUGUACGGCACUGAGUGUGCCCAGCUGGGGGACGAUGGGCAGCGGCCACCGCGGUGCACUUCAACUACCUCAUCUCAGUCUGAGCCUUCAGAGCAGCUUAGACACCACCAAGGCAAGAGCCUGGCCUCUGACGACCCCAAAAAGAAGAGAGCUCAGAAGCCCUCCCACAUGAGGAGGAACAUACGAAAGCUGCUCCGGGAGGAUCAGUUGGAGCCAGUUACCAAAGCAGCACAACAGGAAGAGUUGGAAAGAAGGAAACGCCUGGAGCAGCAGAGGAAGGACUACGCAGCUCCCAUUCCCACUGUUCCCUUGGAGUUUCUUCCCGAGGAAAUUGUCUUAAGAGCAAGUGAAGGUCCCCAACUGCCUCCUCGGGUCUUGGCCCAGGAAGUCAUUUGUUUGGACAGUAGCAGUGGCAGCGAGGAUGAAAAAAGCAGCCGAGAUGAGGUGAUUGAACUGAGCUCUGGCGAGGAGGACACUCUGCACAUUGUGGACAGCAGCGAGUCUGUCAGCGAGGAGGAUGAGGAAGAGGAGAAGGGUGGCACCCACGUGAAUGACGUCUUAAACCAGCGCGAUGCUCUGGGGCGUGUCCUCGUCAACCUGAACCACCCUCCGGAGGAGGAGAAUGUCUUCCUGGCCCCGCAGUUGGCUCGGGCAGUGAAACCCCAUCAGAUUGGCGGGAUCCGGUUCCUGUAUGAUAACCUGGUUGAGUCCCUGGAGAGGUUUAAGACCAGUAGUGGCUUUGGCUGUAUCCUGGCCCACAGCAUGGGUCUGGGGAAAACUUUGCAAGUGAUCUCCUUUGUCGACGUCCUCUUCCGCCACACGCCAGCCAAAACUGUCCUUGCCAUUGUGCCGGUUAAUACUCUUCAGAACUGGCUGGCGGAGUUCAACAUGUGGCUCCCAGCUCCUGAAGCCCUGCCAGCGGACAGCAAGCCUGAGGAGGUCCAGCCUCGCUUCUUUAAAGUUCACAUCCUGAAUGAUGAGCACAAGACAAUGGCAGCUCGAGCUAAAGUGAUGGCUGAUUGGGUGUCGGAGGGUGGGGUGCUCCUGAUGGGGUACGAAAUGUACAGGCUCCUCACCCUGAAGAAGUCCUUUGCCACAGGCAGACCAAAGAGGAGCAAGAAGCGGUCUCACCCGGUCAUCAUUGAUCUGGAUGAGGAAGAUCGCCAGCAGGAGUUCCGGAGAGAGUUUGAGAAGGCCUUGAGCCGCCCUGGCCCUGAUGUGGUGAUCUGCGACGAGGGCCACCGCAUCAAAAACUGCCAGGCCAGCACCUCGCAGGCCCUGAAGAACAUUCGCUCCCGCCGCCGGGUGGUGCUGACCGGGUACCCCCUGCAGAACAACCUCAUCGAGUACUGGUGCAUGGUGGACUUCGUGCGCCCAGACUUCCUGGGCACCCGACAGGAGUUCAGCAACAUGUUCGAGCGCCCCAUCCUGAACGGGCAGUGUAUCGACAGCACGCCCCAGGACGUCCGCCUCAUGCGGUACCGGAGCCACGUCCUGCACAGCCUCCUGGAGGGCUUCGUGCAGAGGAGAGGCCACACUGUGCUGAAGAUUCAUCUCCCUGCCAAGGAAGAGAAUGUGAUCCUGGUGCGGCUCUCCAAGAUCCAGCGCGAUCUGUACACACAGUUCAUGGACCGCUUCCGGGACUGUGGCAGCAGUGGCUGGCUGGGGCUGAACCCCCUCAAGGCUUUCUGUGUGUGCUGCAAGAUCUGGAAUCACCCUGACGUGCUGUAUGAAGCCCUUCAGAAGGAGAACCUGGCGAACGAGCAGGACCUAGACGUGGAAGAGCUUGGCUCCGCGGGGACUAGUGCCCGUUGCCCGUCACAGGGAACAAAAGUCAAGGGGGAGGACAGUGCCUUGGCCGCCUCGAUGGGAGAGGCAGCCAACAGCAAGUUCCUUCAAGGGGUCGGCUUCAACCCUUUCCAGGAGCGAGGCAACAACAUUGUCACGUAUGAAUGGGCCAAGGACCUUUUGACUAAUUACCAGACUGGAGUCCUGGAGAACUCUCCCAAGAUGGUACUGCUUUUCCACCUGAUCGAGGAAAGCGUGAAGCUUGGUGACAAGAUCCUCGUGUUCAGCCAGAGCCUUUCCACCUUGGCCCUCAUUGAGGAGUUCCUAGGGAAACGAGACAUGCCCUGCCUACCUGGUGCCGAGGGGCAAGGAGUACAGAAGUGGGUUCGAAACGUCAGCUACUUCCGGCUGGAUGGUAGCACCCCUGCCUUUGAGAGGGAGCGGCUCAUUAAUCAGUUCAAUGAUCCCAGCAACCUCACCACCUGGCUGUUCCUUCUCUCCACAAGGGCUGGGUGCUUGGGCGUGAAUCUGAUCGGUGCCAACCGAGUGGUGGUGUUUGACGCUUCCUGGAACCCUUGCCAUGAUGCUCAGGCAGUGUGUCGGGUGUACCGCUACGGCCAGAAAAAGCCCUGCCACAUCUACCGCCUUGUGGCUGAUUUCACCCUCGAAAAGAAGAUCUAUGACCGUCAGAUUUCCAAGCAGGGCAUGUCAGAUCGUGUGGUGGAUGAUCUCAAUCCAAUGUUGAACUUUACCCGGAAGGAGGUGGAGAACCUACUGCACUUCGUUGAGAAGGAGCCGGCUCCCCAAGCAUCUUUGGACAUAAAGGACAUCAAGGAGCCCGUCCUGCAGCUUGCCUGCCGGAAGUACCCUCACCUCAUCACCAAGGUGAGAGCCCGGGGUGCAACAGCCCCUGGCGGGCCAGCAGUCAGCGGGGGAGGCUCAUCUGCGCUGUCAUUCCCUCACAGGCAGCCAGCGCUGAAGAGCGAUGAGAAGCCUGUGGCCAGUGUCCGUCCUGUGCAGUCCACCCCCAUCCCCAUGAUGCCCCGGCAUGUCCCCCUGGGAGGCGGCGUGAGCUGUGCCUCCAGCACAAACCCAGCCGUGAACUUCCCCAUCAACUACCUGCAGCGCGCGGGCGUCCUUGUGCAGAAGGUGGUCACCACCACAGAUAUUGUUAUUCCUGGACUCAACAGCUCCACAGAUGUACAGGCGAGAAUUAACGCUGGGGAGAGCAUCCACAUCAUCCGCGGGACGAAAGGGACGUACAUCCGCACCAGCGACGGGCGGAUCUUUGCUGUCCGAGCGACGGGCAAACCCAAAGCCCCUGAAGAUGGCCGGAUGGCUGCCUCAGGUUCCCAGGGGCCUUCUCUCGAGUCUACGAGCAACGGCAGACCCAGUGCCUCAUCACCCAAAGCCCCCGACCCUGAGGGGCUGGCCAGGCCUGUCUCUCCCGACAGCCCGGAGAUCCUCAGCGAGCUGCAGCAGUACGCGGACGUGGCCGCUGCCCGCGAGUCCCGCCAGCCCCGCCAGAGCUCCCCCAGCUCCGCCGCCGGCCUGCCUGGCCCCCCUGCCCAACUGGUGGACGGCAGUGCUGUGCCUGGGACUGCUCUUGGGACGGAGCCUCGACUUGGGAGCCACUGCCUCAACAGUUCCCUCUUGGUGACCGGCCAGCCCUGUGGUGACCGGCACCCAGUCUUGGAUUUAAGGGGCCACAAGCGGAAGUUGGUCACACCAUCUGCUGCCCAGGAGUCAGCCCGCCGGCGGUCCAGGAAGGGCCAUCUACCAGCCCCCGUGCAGCCGUAUGAACACGGGUAUCCAGUUGCAGGCGGGUUUGCCAUGCCACCCGUCUCCUUAAACCAUAACCUCACCACCCCCUUCACCUCCCAGGCUGGGGAGAACUCCCUGUUUAUGGGCAGUCCCCCCUCCUACUACCAGCUGUCCAAUUUGCUGGCAGAUGCCCGCCUGGUGUUUCCAGUGACUACUGACCCUCUGGUGCCAGCAGGCCCCGUCAGUUCCUCUUCCACGGCUACCUCAGUCACUGCCAGCACCCCUUCCUUCAUGCUGAACCCCUCUGUUCCAGGGAUGCUGCCCAGCUACUCACUCCCAUUCUCACAGCCACUCCUGUCCGAGCCAAGGAUGUUUGCCCCUUUCCCCACCCCUGUCUUGCCCACCAACCUUUCCCGGGGCAUGUCGGUCUACCCAGGCUACAUGUCUUCCCACGCGGGCUACCCAGCUGGCGGCCUCCUCCAGUCCCAGGUGCCUCCAUUUGACUCUCACGAGGUGGCUGAGGUGGGGUUCAGCUCCAAUGACGAUGAGGACAAGGACGAUGAUGUGAUAGAGGUCACUGGGAAAUAGCUGGGAGCCCCGCUCCACCUCACUCAGGGCCCCAGCAGGUUGCCCACCAAGCUGGAAGGCAGCUGUCUGGGCUUCUGAGAGUAGGGCACUUGGCAGGAGGGGCAGGAAGAGGACAAGGAAGGGGGGUGACCAUAGUGGCAGGGCUCUGCUGCAGCCCAACAAAGGCAAAAAAUUCCAGCAGAGCAGCAAUUGCGGGAAAUCAGGGACCCAAACAGGACUGGAGGGCCGGGCAGCCCACCUCUCUUCCUGCUGCCUUGCUUAGCUGUCAGCUUGCCUGCUUGCCCCUCUGAGUGUAGGCACUCACAUCCCAUCUCUGUCUUUGGGAACAUCCCAAGAGACCUGCCUUACUGGGUGACUUAGCUUGGCCUGGAGAGGGGAGGGGAGUGGGGGGGGGGUAGAGAAGGAGUGUGGGCAGGGAGAGGAGACUGCGAUUCCACGUGAAGUGGAGUCUUUUUAGGGGGUGGGAAGGAAGCAGACCAGGUAUGUGUGCUGUGCGUGUGUGUGUUUAUGUGUGUACGUACGUGUAUGUAACAGCAGGGAUGAAGGUGGGGGGGGAGGAAGGGAGGGACGAAUGAGGGGGAAAAAUGAAUUUAUCUUUUUAAAAAUGGAAAUCAGAGUGUGGUGGUUCAUGGCAGUUAGAACGAACGUCAGGGUGAGCCCAGGAGAACCGUGGAAACCACAAGUUUCCUUCUCGUGGGUGAAGAGGAGCCCAGGUAACCUGAGUUCCUGGUUUUCAGAGCCACAUUGGUUGUGGAAUUUGGGGGAGAUAAUGGGAGAAAUGGGCAUUGCCCCUCUGCUUCUCCCUAGUGGCUGCCUCGGAGCAGCCCUUUCCAGGGAGAGAAACUGCGAGGCGGGAGGGGAACCCUGUGCUGUGGGGGAGGCUGGAAGGACCUGCUUCACAGGGAUGGACCUGAGCCCCACUGCCUGUCCCAGUGGCCUUUCCUGCCCCUGCCUUCCCUAGUAGAGAGCUCAGUUAAUUUAUUUCUUAUGGGCAAUUAUUUAUUAUUUAGACUUUUCAUGUGUCUUUUUGUUGUUACUGGUAGUGGGAGGGGGAGGCUGGGGUAGGGAAGAGGGUAGGAGAUGGGAAAGGCAGUUUUAAAAUACCCCAGACCCCAUGGCUGCCGGUGAGCACAUCCCCGAGGGCAUCCCCGAGGGUGGUGAACUGGCCACGGAAAGAAAGCCAGGCUUGACCAAGGUGUGCACCAAAUAGCCAUGUUUUGCAGGAAGACCAGGGACUCCUGUGUCUGGAGAAUUGGGAUGAGACUCGUUCCGCAGAGCUGGAAACGGGGUCAUGGAGUUUGCUAUUGGGAAGUAAAUGACCCAGAUUUGGAGUUGCAUCCUUAGGCUUAGAGGCAGGCUCGCUGUGCUGUGCAUAGAUGGCUGCGUUGAGGGAACAGACUUGAUUUCCUAUUGGGAAAUGUGUUGACUUCCCCAGCCUAUCAGAUGGUCAGUGUGGGCCUGCCGUCUGCUACCUCCAUCCUCUGAAGGAACAUGGAGGAGCCCUUCCUCUAUAGGAGCCUGAAGCCUGGCUUUGUCCUAAAAGAACAUACCAGCCAUUCUGGGUCAACCCUUUCUUGUUGCCAGUGCCAGGGGUGGGGCCUCUAGUCUAGGCGUAAACACUGGCUGUCUUCGCUUGGCUUUCCCUGCCUGCUGAGGCCGCUCCAGGCAGGUCUUUAUGAUGAACACACCGUGUCUGUCUGCAGAGCUCCACUCCCUCCCAGGGGGGUCCUCACUGGGCAGCUGCUGCCCCUGCCUCCCCUGUCCUGGAGGCAGUUUAGUCAGGUCACCCCUAGUAGUAGCUGCUUCUGUAACUCUUCCACCAGCUGGUUUUCGUUGUUGGGGGGCCUUACACACUCGGGGGUGUUGUCCCCAGAGAAGAGAUGAGGAGAUGGCUGAUGGGGGUGUGCAUGUAUGAAUGUGAGUGCGUGUGCACGUGUGUGCGCGCGCGCGCGCUAUCCAGUUACACCAAGAGUGGGACUUAAGGCGCUUUUUUUCUCUUUUCAUAAGCACCCUGUCAGACUCUUAACUCUCCUACUCAUAGAAGCCUUAGACCUACAAUUUAGCUAUGCAAGUUAUUUUAGUAAUUUAAAAUAGCAUUUCACCAGUGCUCUCUCAUAUGCACCAGGAGCGGGUGGUGAGUGGACUCAGUGUGGGCUUUCAGGUUGAGGCUGGUGCUGAGGGCGUGAGCUACCCCAGGUCUCCGGUUUGCAGAGCGCACUCACACCCUGGGCCACAGUUGAUACCUCCAAGGCCCCAGAGCACUGGGAUCCCAGAGCAGGUGUGUGUGUGUUCUAGGAGGGGUCAUUCUGUGUGCACCUCUAAAACAUCAUAGCAGCAGGCUCCAAGAAUCCACAAACUAUUCCAGCAAGGAAUUGAGACCAGUCACUGGAGGGAUGGGCUUUGGAGGUGUCGGGAAGUGAAUGGGUAUUAGGAGAGGCAGUGUGUGCCUGCUGUUGCAGUGCUUCCAGGGGCUGGGUCUUGCUAUAACUGGGGAGAGGCCAUAGCUUCAAGAGCAGACCCGGCUGGAGAAGGCUUUGUUCGAUAUGUGCAGCUUAUACUGUGUAGGCAGGUGGGGGUGGGGUCACGGGAAAUUGGGGUGCUACCAGUUCCAUGUUUGUUUUUUUAAUGACCGUGAAAACCCUUCUGACUUCCCUGCUGCCUCUUCCUGUGUGCUGGUAGGCAGUGAGCAUGUGUGUGGGGGAAGCAGGGACUGUCUCAGAGGCCAUGGGCCAUAUUCUACAGCUGCUUUGAUAGAGACACUUGCUGGUGGCCUCCACCUGCCAUCCAGGCCUGCGUGAGGGAGGGAUGGGAAGAUGAGGGAGGUGGGAGACCGGCCCGGGCACUUCCCCUCCCUCAUCUUCCACAGAAGCCCUGUCUGGCUGGUUCAGCCUAAGUUCUCACCAAGGGAAUAUGGUACAACUUGCUUCAGGAUUCCAUGUGUAGUGAUGUGUGAUUUCCUUUUCUUAGUAUCUGUGGAUAAAAAUUGAACAGAGACAGAGUAGCCACUUACGAAAGUAAGUGAACCCUGUUGGGUCAGAUUGGAUUCUGCAAAGUCCUCACCUUCUCGAGUUGUGCUCAGCACCUAUUUUGUCAUCUCCCGACUUCGGGAUAACGCUGGUCCUUGGCACUCUCUUCCGUAGGAAUUAGUGUCUGAAGUUUAUAUACUUGUGAUUCACAACUAAAUAUAUUUCCCACUCCAGGGUCUGAAGCACAGCUAGGGGAGUUCUGCUGAUGGGUGGAAACAGACAACCAAACCUUAGGCGUCUGGAGGGGACCGUCACUCCCAGGGUCGUCAGCAGAGCAAGUUGUCCGCUUCCGUCUGUGCAAGCCUGGCCUCACCCCGGAACUGAGUGCCCCUCCCAUGUGGAAGGCCUGGGGGCUUCACAUUCCUUGUUCCUAGUGUUCCUGGCCAUGACCCUUCCUCCUGUUUCCCAGUUCCCUGUGAUUCCUCAGAAGACCAGACUCCCUUCCGAACCCCGGCCUCCUGUACACCCAGCUAAGCGGUUCUUUUGCCACCAGAACUCCUGAGGAGCUCCCUUCCCCAGUGGACCCAGGAGACUUUCUGGCCCUCUGCUCACUGUUCCAGGAACCUGCCCCUCCAGGCCUGCCUGAGUGCUUCACUCUCCAUCCGUCGCCCUCCCCAUCUAUUCCCCUCCUACUGGCGCUUCUCUUCUGCCCUGUGUAUUCCACUGUUACCCUAAAUGUCUGUCUGUGCCACUAGCUUGGCCCUGGGCCUUUUAUGAAUACCCAAGUCUUAAAAUGAACUUCCUGAGCAGGCGAUGUCCAACUUCUUUGCUCUCAGGGACUGUGUCUGCCUCUCCCCUCUCUCGGGCCUAUGUGACUGAGGAAAAGGUGCAUCUGAGUCCGGGAGAGGUAGCCAGGCAGGCUGCAGAGUCUUUGGGGCAGAGGCUGGGAGAGAUUUGGGUACUUUGUUACCACUACUGGGGUGAUAUUCAGAAGAGGGGAGACCUCAUACUGUUACCUGAUCCAGGACCCUCCUCUGGAAGAGAGCUCAGCCCAGGUGUGUGUGUGUGUGUGUGUGCGCGUGCGCCCGUGCGCGCGCGCCUGUGAGUGUGUGUGUGCAUAUGCACACACCUGCUCAUGUGCACAUGAGUGUAAACUGACUUGUCUGGUUGUGUUACUCAGGGUGGGCUGGGGACUCAGCAGAAGAAUCCCCUUAGCCCGCUCAAGACUGGUUUUUUCCUGUACCCUCUCCAGAGGGGUCGGGAAGGAGGUCCAGGUGGGUUGAGGGGGUCGCAGUGGAUAACCACUAAGGCCACAUUGCUGCCAGGAGUGGGGGCGGGGGGGUUGGGGCCCCAGGGACCUGGCACCUGGCUUUGGUUUUCCGUCUUCUUUCCUCAGGACGCCCCCUGAGGCCUGGGAUUGCACCUGGCUUUGAGGAGCACCUGUGGCUGGUGCUCUGCCGGUGUAGUCAUGGGCUUCCCUCCUCUCGCAGGGCAGGUGCUCCUGCCCCAGAGACUGGGCAACUGGCUGUUUCUAUGACGUAUUUAUUUUUACUUGUGUUUCAUGUCACUUUUUUAAAAAAGCAAACAGAACAAUUGUAAGUCAGUAUAACUGCCUAUCAGUUUUCUUUAUUUCUCUUUUUGUAAAAUAAAAUUUAAACUCAAGAAGGCAA